ACAAUCCUACAAACUGUCUUAAUAUUUCGUUAAUGAUUGCAUCCUUUAGGUUCAUUGUAAGUAUUUUUAAGUUACUGAACUUUAUACGUCACUUCAUGUACAAACUCCCAGGCCUACUUAGCGAGAAAGCGCAGGCAUGAAGAGCAAACCCACAGAGGGCUGGGGGUUUGCAUUGGCCUACAACUUUCCAAACGGCAGAUUUUCUUUUUAGAUCUCUUCCGCCUUGUGCAGUUUUUGCAUCCUUGCGCUGUCGUUUUUCGAUGAAGUGAAGCAGAGAGAGGCUGAGGACAGCUUUUGGCCUUCAAAAACAGCACUGAAAUCUACCGCCGCAAAACAAAAGAUCCAACGUUUAAAAUGAAGACAGUUGUGUGGUUUGGGUUUGUGCUGGGUGCACUCUCUGCUGCAGGCACAGUGAUCGUCACAAGAACAGGGGAGACCGCCACCUUACCUUGUCAAUCCUUCACGAAGACUCUGGAAUGGCUUCGUGAAUCUGAAAUUGUUAUUGCCGAUGGGAAAUUCUCUAGGAAAGGCCAAACUGACCUCGGACGAAGGUCGGCCGUGAAGCAGAGUAAUCUGGUGAUCAGUAAUGUGAAGCCAGCAGAUGCUGGAUCGUUCACUUGCAUGGCAGAUGGACGUAUUCAACAAAAAGCACUCGUUGUGGUCUCGGUCUCCGCCGACCCCUCUGUUGAACUGCAUCCAGGCAGCAAGGUAACGCUCCAGUGUGAGGUAAACGGUCUGAGCCCGAGCUCGACAAUUCAGUGGCAGAGGCCAGAUGGGAGUUCACUUGCAGGGCCAUCACAGACAGUUGAACCUGUGGCCCUCUCAGACGCAGGGACCUGGGCGUGCACAUUCACCUAUGGUGGGCAAACGUACACUCAGAACCUGCCCAUCAAGGUUAAAGAGCCUGUAACAACUACAACACCUCCACUAGUCUCCUCCAAAAACUCAAAGAACGACCCCAAGAACCCAGAGACGCCGUCCACCAGCGAUCUUCCCAACGCUGCUGGUCAGCUGCUGGGGCUCAGCUGGUGGAUGUGGGUUGUGAUUGGAGUUGGCUGCUUGGUUGUGGUCCUCCUGAUGGUCCUUGUCAUUGUCUUGUGCAAGAGGAUCAAAAGGAGGAAGAGAAAAUUGCAGAUGAUGAAAGAUGGCCGCCAGCUGCUCACGCCCAGGCAGUACUGCCAGUGUAACUGCCCGGCAGCUGCAGCGAAACCGCAGCAAGGACGCCGGAGAGAGAAACCAUCAGUUCCCCCUCUGCAGCCCCUCCUAAUGGAGUGACAUGAAAGGCCGAUCGAAGAAAGAGAGAGACAGACAAAAAAAAAAGAAAAAGAAAAGAAAGGGAGGAGGAGAGAGAGAAAGUGUGAGGGAGGGGAGAAGAUAGAGAUAAGGAGAAAGCAAGUGGAAGAGAACCCCGGUGUGAAUAUGGCAUGAAUGUAAAUGGGCUUUUGAAUGCUCUUGAUGAAAAUGAAAAUCAAAUGUAAUGAUGUGGGCACUUUGAGCUUUUUUCACCACAUACAACGAGUGAAGUGAAUGCAAAUAGGCUCUCCCACUGCAAUAAAAAA